ACUCUGUUUGAGUAGGACAUUUGCCGUCAGAGCUUACCUCUAGGAACAAGCGCGGCAGUCUGGACACCAUGUCUGUGCGCUUUUCUUCUGCAUCCAGACGCCUUGGCUCUUGCGGAGGAGCGGGCUCUGUGCGACUCUCUAGUGGGGGAGCUGGCUUUGGGGUCGGCAACGCGUGCGGUGUGCCAGGCAUUGGAAGUGGCUUCUCUUCCGCCUUUGGGGGCAGCUCAUCGGCAGGAGGCUACGGCGGAGGGCUGGGCGGAGGAAGUGCUUCCUGCGCUGCCUUCAGCGGGAAUGAACACGGCCUCCUCUCCGGUAAUGAGAAGGUGACCAUGCAGAACCUCAACGACCGCCUGGCGUCCUACCUGGACCAUGUGCGCGCCCUGGAGGAGGCCAACGCCGACCUGGAGCAGAAGAUCAAGGGCUGGUAUGAGAAAUUUGGGCCUGGUGUUUGCCGUGGUCUUGAUCAUGAUUACAGCAGAUACUUCCCAAUCAUUGACGACCUUAGGAACCAGAUAAUUUCUGCAACGACAAGUAAUGCCAAUGUUGUCCUGCAAAAUGAUAAUGCAAGACUAACAGCUGAUGACUUCAAACUAAAGUUUGAAAAUGAACAGGCCCUUCACCAGAGCGUUGACGCGGAUGUCAGCAGUUUGCGCCGGGUCCUGGACGAGCUGACCCUGUGCAGGACAGACCUAGAGGUCCAGCUGGAAACGCUGAGCGAGGAGCUGGCUUACCUCAAGAAGAAUCACGAGGAGGAGAUGAAGGCUCUGCAGUGCGCGGCCGGAGGCAAUGUGAACGUGGAGAUGAACGCGGCGCCUGGCGUGGACCUCACAGUGCAGCUGAACAACAUGCGGGCCGAGUACGAAGCUCUGGCGGAGCAGAACCGCAGGGAUGCGGAGGCCUGGUUUAACGAAAAGAGCGCUUCGCUGCAGCAGCAAAUUUCGGACGACGCUGGCGCCACCACCUCAGCUCGGAACGAACUGACCGAGAUGAAACGUACCCUCCAAACCCUGGAGAUUGAACUUCAGUCCCUCCUAGCAAUGAAACACUCCCUGGAGUGCUCCCUGACAGAGACUGAGGGCAACUACUGCGCGCAGCUGGCCCAGAUCCAGGCGCAGAUCGGGGCCUUGGAGGAGCAGCUGCACCAGGUCAGAACCGAAACUGAGGGCCAGAAACUGGAGUACGAGCAGCUCCUUGACAUCAAGGUCCACCUGGAAAAAGAAAUUGAGACCUACUGCCACCUGAUCGAUGGAGAGGAUGGCUCUUGUGUUAAAUCAAAAGGCUACGAAGGACCAGGAAAUCUGAUAAGAGACUCAUCUAAAACCACCAUGGUUAAAACAAUUGUGGAAGAAAUAGAUCCUCGUGGCAAAGUUCUCCCAACCAGAGUUCAUGUUAUGGAAGAGAAGUUUACCAAAACCAGCAACAUGAAGGGUGAACAGAGGGUGCCUUCUUGACCCCAAAAAGGGUGCCCCUAAAUCCAGAUGUCAGGUCGAAGCUAGGUUCCUAAAUAAGAGCCCUCUUAUUUUUCUGCUUUUCUUCCAAUGAACUAAGACAAGUUAUUUUUAGAAUAGUAACAUUUCUUUGGCUUUCUUUAUGGUGGUGUUUCAAUAAAAGUUCUUCCUGUUGCAAGUCA